AUGUCUCCCACUUCCACUUGGGAACAGGUCUGGAAUAAUGUGCAGCCCAGUCUCAACACCGUCAAAGACAACUUGCGUGCUAUACAAGCCCCAAACGCUCGUGUCAUUCGCGUAGGCCAAUUGGACUCGGAACUGUUAGAUCAGGAAUUAGUUCACCUCCUACAAGAACCUUUGACGAAGAGUCUAUCUACUAUCAAUGCCGUAUGGGCAAGGAGAUUGGAACCAGAGUUGACUAUGCUACUCCAACUAGCGUUGUACAGAUUUUCAAUAUGGAAUUCCGGGGCAAGCUACGGCGCAAAGCUUCAAGGUCUACGAUAUAUCGCGCCUACGCGUUCAAACGAAAAUCUUGGUCCCUCCGGAAUCUCGCGUCGAAUUCUUAUGCUGCACGGGACCUUGACCAUCAUGAUACCUUACCUUCAUUCCCGCAUUCGAAGUCGUGGAUUAUCUAAUGCCUGGCCUGAUGCUCCCUCCGCAGACCCUCGACGCAAAGCAUGGGCAGUCCUGGGUACUUUGGAGUCGAUACAUUCAACAGCUGGUUUACUCAAUUUUGUUGCAUUUUUGUGGAACGGGUACUAUCGUACGAUAGCAGAUAGACUACUCAACUUGCGUCUCGUUCCGUCACGAAGGCUCGUACAACGCGAUGUCAGUUAUGAAUUCAUGAAUCGUCAGAUGGUUUGGCACGCCUUCACGGAGUUCUUGUUAUUCUUGCUUCCGCUCAUCAACGCUCGCAAAGUCCAACGCGGGAUAAAGCGAGUUACCUCAUCGAUAACUUCACUCCUAGGCACUUCCCAAUCGACACGACCCUCGAAUCAUAAUAAACGAGGAAAAUACUGGUCGCUGCCUGAGGAUCAGUGUGCCAUUUGCGCUGAGAGCGCCUCCUUUAAUCUCAAUCCAACAGAUCCGACUAAUGUUUUCACGAACUUCACUGAAUCCGUUUUACCCUCAACCUCACAUGAACUGGACUCCGAAGCCCCGAAAUAUCCAUUAUACACACCUUACAUUACUUCGUGCGGUCACCUGUAUUGCUAUCAUUGCGUAGCGGAACGGAUGAUGCUGUUUGCCAAUGACGGAGAGGACAAACAGGGAUGGGAAUGUCUCCGUUGUAGUGAACAUGUGACGGAGGCGAACAGGUUCGUUAUGGAAACAGUAGGGAGCGAGUGGAGUGGAAGUGACUAUGAAUUUAGUAGCGAUUUAGAUAUCACAGAUAUGUCCGGAUCUAUAGGGACCUACAGUGAAUCCGGACUAUCAGAAGAUAAUUAG